AUGGGUUCUUUGAAUUUUCAAAUGGGUGUUUGCAUUUUGGUUCUUUUGAUCAGUUUCAGUUGCAAUCUUGUGGAUUCGCAAACUGAAGCUCUGGGGUCGUGCUUCCCUCCUCAAUGUGGAUCUAAACAACAAAAUUUUCCAGAAUGCCAUCAAAGCUUUCUCAACACUAAAGAUCAGAUUAGGAGGAACUUUACAAGACAAACUUAUUUACCAAACAGAAUACGAUAUCCAAAAACCAUAUGGGAUCAACUCAACACAUUCUUUAAAGACACAGGGGCUAAUAUUAUUUUUGGAUUAAAUGCACUUUCUGGGAAGACAAUUCAAGCAGAUGGUUCAGCUACAGGAGCUUGGGACUCUGCAAAUUCUGAAUAUUUAAUGCGUUAUACAGUUAAAAAGAAUUACACCAUGUAUGCUUGGGAACUUGGGAAUGAGUUGAGUGGAAGUGGAGUUGGAACAAGAGUAUCAGCAUCUCAAUAUGCUUUUGACACAAGAACCCUAGCAAACAUAGUUCAAGAAAUCUAUGAAGGUGUUGAGAUUAAACCAAGGAUAAUUGCACCUGGUGGUUUCUUUGAUGCUAAUUGGUUCAAAGAGUUUAUAGACAAAACACCCGAAAUUCUAGACAUAAUCACUCAUCACAUAUACAAUCUUGGCCCAGGGGUAGAUCAACAUCUUGUUGAAAAGAUAUUGGAUCCAUCUUAUCUUGAUGGAGAAGCUGAUACAUUUAGACAACUUGAAAAUAUUCUCAAGACUUCUAUAACUUCUGCUUCUGCUUGGGUUGGUGAAGCUGGUGGUGCUUAUAACAGUGGACAUAAUCUUGUCACAAAUGCAUUUGUGUUUAGUUUCUGGUAUUUGGAUCAGCUAGGGAUGUCAUCUGUUUAUGACACGAAAACAUACUGCAGACAAACAUUGAUAGGAGGAAACUAUGGUUUACUCAACACUACAACGUUUGAACCAAAUCCAGAUUACUACAGUGCCCUUCUUUGGCAUCGGUUGAUGGGUAGAAAAGUCCUUUCCACAAAUUUUACAGGGACCAAGAAAAUACGAUCUUAUGCACAUUGCGCUAAAGAAUCUAUGGGAAUAACGGUUUACUGA